AUGGACCAAACCGCACAUGUUCUCGCAACGGCCCAUGAGAUCUACGCCCGCGCAAACUCGACGAGCCCAUUGGAGUCAAGCAAGGAAAGGCCUCCGGUAUACAAGGCAAUUGGAAUAUCGUUAGCCGUGGCAUCGGGCUGCUUUAUCGGAGUGUCCUUUGUGCUGAAGAAGGUUGGGUUGCUGAAGGCGAACGAGAAAUAUGACGAAGUCGCUGGCGAAGGAUAUGGGUACCUCAAAAACGUUUUUUGGUGGACGGGAAUGACCUUGAUGAUAAUUGGGGAGAUCUGCAAUUUUGUGGCGUACGCUUUCGUCGAUGCUAUUCUGGUUACGCCCCUUGGCGCAUUGUCCGUGGUGAUCACAACUAUUCUAUCGGCAAUAUUCCUAAAGGAACGGCUAAGCAUGGUCGGGAAGGUUGGCUGCUUCCUUUGCAUUAUCGGAUCGGUAGUCAUCGUCAUGAAUGCUCCGUCUGAGUCCUCUGUGGCCACUAUACAGGAUAUGCAACACUUCGUUAUUGCCCCUGGAUUUUUGAGCUACGCUGGUGUGGUUAUCGUCGGUUGCGCGUUCAUUGCCCUCUGGGCCGGACCGCGGUAUGGCAAGAAGUCCAUGCUUGUCUAUAUAUCCAUUUGCAGCUUGAUUGGAGGGCUCAGUGUGGUAGCCACUCAGGGCCUAGGUGCUGCUAUCGUUUCACAGAUUGGCGGCGUUAAGCAGUACGAUCAGUGGUUCCUCUACGUCUUGUUUGUCUUUGUCAUCGCCACUCUUCUGACGGAAAUUAUUUACCUAAAUAAAGCGCUUAAUCUAUUCAACGCCGCCCUGGUAACCCCUACUUAUUAUGUGUUCUUCACAAGCUCCACCAUCAUCACCUCGACCGUCCUCUUUAGAGGGUUCAAAGGGACCCCCACUUCUAUCAUUAGCGUUGUAAUGGGGUUUUUAGUCAUCUGUUCAGGAGUCGUUCUUCUCCAGCUCUCUAAAUCAGCCAAAGAUGUUCCAGACGCAGCGGUUUUCGCAGGCGAUCUGGACCAAGUUCGCACUAUUGCCGAACAGGAGCAGCCUGAGUCAGAACCAAAAGCGGAUGCUAUUCGAGGCACGGCAGCGAUCAUCCGACGACUGUCUACCUUGAGAUCAAACAAGGAACUAGAGGAGGCUAAGAGAAUACAUGAUGAAAAGCAGCUGGAUCUUCAGUCUAUUGGAGAAGAUGGAGUUAAUGUGCAGUAUGAAUGGGAUGGUCUACGACGACGGAGGACGACUUUCGGAACGAAUCGAACGAAUCCCAGUGUUCGAUCUCGGGACCCCUCCACUCCUUUUCCGGCGUUCGACCCUAAUGUUUCUACACCUCAGCAUCCACCACUUGGCAUGUCUCGUUUCCCAUCCGACUCAGAUUCCGAAGAUGAAGAGCGGCCUCUGACGAGAGGAUCAUCCGUCUUCAAUCGUAUGAAAUCAGUUAUUGUCCCUGGCCGACGAAGGUCAACACUUGGAAGUGGUGUCUCCCAGAUCCAAAGCCCAAUGCAUCCCGUUCCCUUGACAGAAAUUGCCAUCCCCUCGUAUAAGGGGGAUGACCCUAACGGUCCUCCUUAUUAUGACCGUGAUACACAGUAUAGAGGUGCCGGCGAGCGACACAUAACGAUAGUUGAUGAGGGAGGUUCACAACGCACAGGGAGCAGAGGAAGCAGCUUACACCCUGAUGCUGGACCCAUCCCCCCACAGCAUUCUGCUCGGAGGCAAUUCUCCUUCCAGAAUGUGUUCAGGAAAGGCCAGGGGGCCGCUCAACCACCUGGUGAUGAACUCGCACCACCGAGCAGAUCACCCAUGAUUCGACAAGGACUGGGCCAGAGGAGAGGUAGCCGUGGUGCGCACGUCAAAGGCGCAACGGAAGAGGAGAGGCUAGGCUUAGUGAAGGGCGAUACUGGAGCAAGCAAGCCCUCCUUACCACCAUAUGACGGACCACCAGCCUUGGUUGAAGACGAUGAUGAAUGGCUGGGCGAAGACAAGCUCCCUGGGCAGAUGAGAGAUCUCACCCCACCUCGCAGCAGAGAAUUAGAAAAGCGAGAAGAAGCCGGAGAGAGCAGCCUCUCUGAAGAUGACUACACAAUGCAGAAGCGGAAAGCGAGGAGGGAGCGCGAUGGCUCGCCGCCCCCGCCAUUUGAUGAUUCGAAACAACCGUUUAUAUAA